AUGGCCUCACAGCCGCUGUUGGCCAUGUGGCUUUCUAUUUCCCUUAGGCUUCAUUUCCUCCUGGCUAGUUUGCCGUUGGCUACGGCUCUACGUCAGGUCAUGCAUGACAGCAGUUUCCAGCCAGACUACGUCCUUCGAAUUACUGGUGAAACUAUUUCCGUUGCAUGCAGAACACGAGCGUCUGCUGUUGUGAAUGAAACUGCACCUGGCCCAACUGUUUAUCUAAGGGAAAACCAAACGACCUGGGUCAGAGUAUACAAUGAUCUUAACAAAGACAACGCGACUAUACAUUGGCACGGAUUAAGCCAAUCUGUAGCCCCGUAUUCAGAUGGAACGCCCCAGGCGAGUCAAUGGCCUAUCAGGGAGGCACAGCAUUUCUUUGACUACGAAUUGCGGCCACAGAUCGGUGAAGCGGGCACUUAUUUCUAUCAUUCUCAUGUUGCGUUCCAAGCAGUCUCUGCUGCGGGCCCCCUGAUUGUACUCGAGGCAGACGGAGAACAUCCAUAUGAUUACGACGAAGAGAGAAUGCUCUUUUUCUCCGAGCUUUACAAUAAUACAGACGACACAAUCCAGGAUGGUCUUACCCUUCCUUACGCGCAGUUUCUAUGGUCUGGAGAAGCCGAGACUAUCUUGGUCAAUGGUAAUGGCUUUCCAGUAUUGCCCGACAAUGAAACAGGGGCAACAUUGCCCCCUCAGAAAGCCCAGAGUAUUGGUAGCACAUCCUGUGGUCCAGAAAUCAUACAAGUCGAGCCAAACAAGACAUACCGUUUUCGCGCCAUAGGUGGGGUGGCAAUGAGCCCAUUCGUUUUUGCAUUCGAAAACCACGACAACCUCACUGUGAUCGCUGCAGAUGCUGGCUAUACCAACCCAGCAAGCACAGACUACAUCCUUAUGGGAGCAGGCCAACGGUAUGACUUCCUACUUCAUACCAAAACGGAAGAAGAGCUGCGGAACCUUGGAAAGAGUGAAUUUUGGGUGCCAAUUGAACCGCGAUGUCCUGAUCUGAAUAAUACCUUCUAUGCAGUCCUCCGGUACACGACUCCUGGCAUCCAUAUCAAUACGACAACCGACAUCUCAUCACCUCCUCCUCAAUCCCCGGUGCAUAUCCCGUAUGAUUGUCAGUAUUGGCUAGAAUAUACCUUGGAGCCGCUGACACCAAAUGACUUUCCCACCGCUGAUCAAGUAACUCGACAGGUGAUCAUGACCUCUGCACAACUGAACACCGCGAGUGGAUCUUUCUGGACCAUAAGUAAUCAUACCUGGAAUGAGUUUAACCAACAUGAAGGAGACACUCCGUAUAACGACACUAGUCUCACGCAUGAUACCCCUUACCUUGUCAGCGUGUACGAGCAGGGCGAACGAGCAAUCCCGGACUUUGAAAAUGCCGUCCAGAAUUACAAUGGAUGGGACCCUGAACUCAACGUGUACCCGGCUGAAAUCGGCGAGAUUAUUGACAUAAUCCUUGUGAACGAACCAAAUGGAGUAGCAGGCGGAUUUGACACGCAUCCGUGGCAUUUUCAUGGUGCUCAUUUUUAUGAUCUUGGGAGUGGGCCAGGUUCUUACAAUGCCACGGCAAACGAGGAGAAGCUGAGGGGAUACAAUCCAAUUGUGAGGGAUACUAGCUUAUUAUUCAAGUAUACCGAGGGAUUCGAAAUUGGUGCUGGCCUUGAUUACACCAGUCAAGGAUGGAGAGCUUGGAGGGUUAGGGUGACCGAUCCUGGUAUCUGGAUAAUCCACUGCCAUAUCCUGCAGCACAUGAUCAUGGGAAUGCAGGCAGUCUGGGUAAUGGGUAACGCGACAGAAAUUACCCAUGGCACGACACCUGAUCUAGUGGAAGGCUAUCUGACAUACGGAGGGAAUGCAUAUGGAAACUCAACAGUUGAUCCGCUUGUCACCCACUUUUAUGACUGA